AUGCCGCUCAGCGCCGGCUUCCCCAGCAAGAACUACGACUACGACUACGACUCGGUGCAGCCCUACUUCUACUUCGAGGAGGAGGAGGAGAACUUCUACCUGGCGGCGCAGCAGCGGGGCAGCGAGCUGCAGCCCCCCGCCCCGUCCGAGGACAUCUGGAAGAAGUUUGAACUGCUGCCCACGCCGCCCCUCUCCCCCAGCCGCCGCUCCAGCCUGGCCGCCGCCUCCUGCUUCCCCUCCACCGCCGACCAGCUGGAGAUAGUGACCGAGCUCCUCGGGGGGGACAUGGUCAACCAGAGCUUCAUCUGCGACCCGGACGACGAGUCCUUCGUCAAGUCCAUCAUCAUCCAGGACUGCAUGUGGAGCGGCUUCUCCGCCGCCGCCAAGCUGGAGAAGGUGGUCUCCGAGAAGCUGGCCUCCUACCAGGCGGCCCGCCGGGAGGGGGGCCCCGCCGCCCGCCCCGGCCCGCCGCCCGCCGGGCCGCCGCCGCCCGGCCUCGCCGCCUCCCCCGCCGCCUCGGCCGGCCUCUACCUGCACGACCUGGGCGCCGCCGCCGCCGACUGCAUCGACCCCUCGGUGGUCUUCCCCUACCCGCUCAGCGAGCGGGCCCCGCGGGCCGGACCGCCCGGCGCCAGCCCCGCGUCCCUGCUGGGCGACGACACGCCGCCCACGACCAGCAGCGACUCGGAGGAAGAACAAGAGGAAGAUGAGGAAAUUGAUGUCGUUACAUUAGCUGAAGCAAAUGAAUCGGAAUCCAGCACAGAGUCCAGCACAGACACAUCAGAAGAGCACAGUAAGCCCCACCACAGCCCGCUGGUUCUCAAACGGUGUCACGUCAACAUCCAUCAGCACAAUUACGCCGCUCCUCCCUCCACCAAGGUUGAAUACCCAGCUGCAAAAAGGCUAAAGUUGGACAGUGGCAGAGUUCUCAAACAGAUCAGCAAUAACCGAAAAUGCUCGAGUCCCCGCACGUCAGACUCAGAAGAGAACGAUAAGAGGCGAACGCACAACGUCUUGGAGCGCCAGAGGAGAAAUGAGCUGAAGCUGAGUUUCUUUGCCUUGCGUGACCAGAUACCCGAGGUGGCCAACAACGAAAAGGCGCCCAAGGUUGUCAUCCUGAAAAAAGCAACAGAGUACGUUCUCUCCAUCCAGUCGGACGAACACAGACUGAUCGCAGAGAAAGAGCAGUUGAGACGGAGGAGAGAACAGUUGAAACACAAACUCGAGCAGCUAAGGAACUCUUGUGCAUAGGAACUCCUGGGCAUCGCUUAGAAAAACCCAAACUAGACUGAAACGAUGAUAAAAUAUUAAUGUUUCUAAUAUCACUCAUGAACUACACCAGUCCAUCGAGUAUGGAACUAUUGCAACUGCAUGCUGUGCGAUUUAACUUGAGACUACACAACCUUGGCUGAAUCUCCCAAGGGUUUGGCCAGAACCUCAAAACUGCCUCAUAAUUGAUACUUUGGGCAUAAGGGAUGAUGGGACAUUCUUCAUGCUUGGGGAUGAACUCUUCAACUUUUUUUCUUUUAAAAUUUUGUAUUUAAGGCAUUUUUCAUAUGAGAAUCCCAAAAAAAAAGUUGUCCCCAGAUUGCUGUAUAUAUUUACACAUCUUAUUGCCAUGUAAAUACCUUUAAUAAAGUCUUUAUAGAAAAAUGUGCAACAUUAAUACGCAACAGUUGUGGCAACUGGAUUUAUACUUGUCUUGAAUUUCUGUGCCAUAACAUUUCACA